AUGGCGCCAAAGGUGAAGAAGGAAGUUCUUGUCCGCACCGCCCCCCUCCCCCGCCCCAACACUAAGACUUCAAAAGUGACCCCAAAACCCUUGGAAAAAUGUCCUGGGAGAAACAAGCUUGAUCACUAUGCCAUCAUUAAGUUUCCCUUGACCACUGAGUCUGCUCUGAAGAAGACUGAGGACCACAACACCCUAGUCCUCAUUGUGGUCGUCAAGGCCAACAAGCAUCAGAUCAAGCUGGCGGUAAAGAAGCUGUAUGACAUUGACGUGACCAAGGUCAACACACUGGACAAUGUGUUACUUUUAAGAAUAAGAGCUGAUAACGAGCCCUGGGAGCUUUUAAUUUAUGAUGUCUCUGGCAGCGUUGUGGUGAAUCUGAUAGGAGAUGUGCGUGAUUAUGUCUCUGAGCUGGAAUAA